GGCGGGCGCGCGGGCGGGCCGGCGGGCCGGGGGCUCCUGGCGUGGCGUCCUUUCAGGGCCCUGGUGGUCUGCGCCUACGCCGUCACGCUGACCGCCUCGGCCCUGGCCUCCAGCCGGCUGCCCGUAGGCCUGGACGUUGCCGAGCUCGCGCCCAAGGCGUCGCACACGGCCGAGUUCUUCCGGCAGCGAGGCGCGCUGUUCAGGAGCAGGGCGCAGCUGGUCGAGGUCCUCGUGCAGCACCAGCCGGUGGUGGACGCUCUCGCCGUCGCUCCGCUGGCCAAUAGCGAUGUGCGCGAGAACAUUUGGCGCCUUCACCAGGCGAUCAAUGCCACGCAUUUUGUGUCGUCCGCCACCGGCGGACUGGAGCCGUUGUGGCUAUCGUUUUUCUCCGAGCAUCUCCGUCGCAUGGCUCUCCCAGGCAUGGCAGAGUGGGGGCCAACGCACGUCACGGAGCUGGGGGCCUUUUUGGGAAGCAACGCUAGCUUGGGAGUGUUGAUCGGUAAUGGGUCGUUGGUGGCCACGCGGAUGCGGUUCCUCGCGGAGCACUAUGACUCGAGUGCGAUGUUGGCGUUGCGCGCAACCAUUGCUGCCAGUGGCCUGGGGGGAUCUGCGUUCUCUUACACGCCAGAGGACAUAUUCCUCGAGCAGGAUGCCAAGAUGAUGGGCUUUACGCUGAGCUCUCUUUUGUAUACUGUGGCUUCCGUGUUUGUUGUUGUGAAUCUGCUCUCCAUGAGUCUCAAGUUCACCGUUCUCAUGUCUGUCUGCGUGCUCUCGUCGUGCACGCACAUGCUCGGCUGGAUGGUCCUGACAGGCACCAGCCUGAGCGCCAUCUCGCUCAUCCCCCUGAUGAUGUCCGUCGGCCUGUGCAUCGACUACAGCACCCACGUCGGCCACGCCGCCCUGGCCGCGCGCGGCGGCGCCUGGCCGGACCGCGCGGCGGAGGCCCUCCGCGCGAGGGGCUCCGCGGUGGCCCACGGCGGCACCACCACGGCGAUCUCGCAGCUGCUGCUGGCCUUCAGCAGCUCCUGCAUCUUCAGCGCCCGGGCGCCGGCGGGAGCGGUGGGCCUCUUUCACGCCCUGCUCGUGCUGCCGGUGCUCCUCGGCUCGGUGCCCGCCGGGCCGCCGCGGGGGGCCCGCGCGGCGCCGCGGUGCGGGGCGGCCGCGCGAGGCGGCGUGGUGGUAGGAGCCCCAUCCGCAGAGGAGAUCGCGCUCCGUUUGCGGAUACGUCUUCAUCGGUUCUCGGGUGUUUUCCUCCUCUUCUCGAUCUUGAGGGAAGGACCUCGCUCUCGAGACCAGGAGGGAGGAACCUGGCACAAGCCAAGAGGGUUGGGCUUGGAGGUGUACAGACAUGUUCGUCGAUUCUCGAGGUUUUUCCAGCCUUGGGGCUCUCUCCAGCGGCUGCGCCUCGCCGAGAGCAUUCCGGGGCUGCCCGGAUCGUCCCGAACGGCCGCCGAGGAUCCGAGCUACGGCCCGAACGCCAGACGACGAGGAUCACCAACAAGGGUGUGCGCCGUUUUUGGUCGGUUCGGCCGCGUCCGCAGACGCCCAGCGAUGCGUCUGUUGCCAGGGGUGCUUUAUACUCGUGGAGCCCGGUCUCUGGGUGCCCCGUUCCGGGCCCCCUGGGCCUCCUCCUCCUCCUCCUCCUCC